UUGUACUUUUAUAGCAUGAGAAAGUUUCCAGAAAAACUACAUAUUGUAAUAAUUCUCCCGCUAAAUUGGCCUCUGCGUACGAGUGUCCAAGUGUCUUCCAACGCUGCGAGGCUUAACGUUCAAACUCACGGAGGAGACGACGACGUAACAGUCCGCAGCAUCAUGUUCCUAUCCCUGAGCUCUCCUAUCUCAAUCGAGAACGCCCUCAUUCCCUUCAAACCGAGGUCCUCCCGCUCCCAAACACCCGGAAUCCGAUCACAUCCACUCCCCUCAAAUCCACUCUCUCUUCCUCGCUCAGCAGCAGCUGCUGCGGCUUUCAAGGAAGAGACGAGACAGUUUGCCCCUGGCGGAGACUUCCCGCCGGAUGAGGAGUCGCUGCCCGCGGGUCUCCGGCGAGAUUUGAUGCCGAGGCACGUGGCGGUGAUCAUGGACGGUAACGUGAGGUGGGAGAAGCGGAGGGGGUUGCCGGCUGGGUCCGGUCACCAGGCCGGUGUACGGUCGGUGAGAGAGCUCAUUGAGCUGAGCUCCAAAUGGGGAAUUGGAGUUCUCACUGUUUUUGCCUUUUCGUAUGAUAAUUGGAAUCGGUCCAAGAUGGAGGUUGGAUUUUUGAUGACAUUGUUCAAGAAGAUGAUUACCACCGAAAUCGACAAUUUGGCAAGGGACGGUGUCCGAAUAUCGAUCAUCGGAGAUUCAUCAAAGCUCCCAAAGUCUUUACAAAAAGUGAUAAGUGACGCGGAGGAGAGAACGAAAGACAACUCUAGGCUCCACCUUAUUGUGGCAGUGAGCUACAGCGGAAAAUACGACGUUGUGCAAGCAUGCAAAAGUAUUUGUCAUAAGGUAAAAGAUGGCCUUGUUCAGGUGGACGAUAUCAAUGAAAGCCUCGUCGAGCAAGAACUCGAAACUAACUGUACCGAGUUUCCCUACCCCGAUCUUCUCAUACGAACUGGUGGCGAUAUUCGAGUCAGCAACUUCUUGCUGUGGCAGUUGGCCUACACGGAACUUUUCUUUGUAUCUGCUCUUUGGCCUGAUUUCGGGAAAGCUGAGUUUGCGGAGGCUUUGACUUCGUUUCAGCGGAGGCAGAGGCGUUACGGUGGAAGAUGAAGAGGUUUAUAAGUGAUCUGAAGUUGCUAAUCUGCUUCUGUUUUAUAGUUGUGUUCCGCAUGUUGCAAUAAAAUGUUGUAUUAUGUGAAUGACAGUACAUACAUACAUACAUAUAUAUAUAUAUAUAUAUCACCAUCAAGGGGUGGAUGUGUUAUGUAAUGAAUAAGUUGGUUUGCGGAACCACCAUGCAGAUCAUUAACAAGAACAAGGAUACUUGUGCUCCUAGGUAAGUAUGUGGUUCUUGAUUAUGUCUAGCAGCAGGUUAACCGAAGAUAUUUCAUUUGCCUGGA